ACAAACAGACCAAAUAUGCAUUUUGGCCCCUACAAUUCCGGCCCCUAAUUAUUAUGUUUCAAAUAAUAAUUACAAAUUUGACAUAACAAUCAACAUAGUAUGUAAAUAUAUUUUCUUUCUUCAUUAUUUGUAAUCCGAUAUACGUUGUCCAAGGAAAGAGUGAUUAAUCAAAGUCAAGUGUUCAGGAACAAAGUCAAGGGGUCAAAAGUCAGUUUGCGUCAGUCAAUGAUCCGCUGCCUCCAGUAGUAGGCAGACUUUGGUGAUGGGCCUGGUCAGAAAUCCGGUCUUUGACUUGAUCCGAAGCUGACGUACAAGUCCCUUUUUGUCCAUAAUGGUCUCCACAAUCCCUCCAGUCAACCAGGAGUUGCGAGGCGCUGAAUCAUCCACAAUGAUGACGAUGUCUCCUGGUGUGAAGUUGCGUCUUAUGUUGGACCAUUUCUGUCGUUCUUGCAGUUGGGGAAGAUACUCCUUAAUCCACCUUUUCCAAAUCCUUUCCUCCUGUUGCUUCUUUUCUUGAUCCUGUAGUUUCCUCUUUGCCUCACAUUCUUCCACCUCCCGUCUUCUCACUUUCUCUUCCUCAAUUAUUCUUUCUUCUUCCUUUCUCUUUUCCUGGGCUAACCUACACUCUUCCUCUUGUCUCCUGAUACUCUCUUCUCUCCUCCUGUCUUCCUGGACCCUCUCUUCCUCCAUCCUAAUCCUUUCCUCCUCAACUCUCUUUCUUUCGUGUUCCUCUCGUCUCUUCUUUUCCUCCUCUAGUCUCUCACGCUGUUGUUGUUCUUCUCUCCUAACCUGCUCCUCCUCUUCUUGUCUCUUCCUCAAAAUCAUUUGCUCUUCCUCCCGUCUAACUUUCUCUUCUUCAAUCCUUUUUCUUUCUUCAGCCUGUCUCCGCUUCUCCUCAGCCAACCUCUCAAGAGCUUCUUCUUGGCUCCUCAACCUCUGCUCUUCCUCUCGUCUAACCUUCUCUUCUUCAAUCCUUUUUCUUUCUUCCUCAUCUUGUCUUCUUUUCUGCUCAGCCAGUCUCUCAACAGCUUCUUCUGGUUUCCUUUCAUCUUCUUUUCUUCCCAGAGGUCCGUUAACUGUCCAGCCGAGCAUUGUUUUGACGGCAUAUGGUCCAUCUCCCACACUCCUGAUGACUUGAAGUGGUUCCAGAGCCUUUGGUACAUCGGAGCCAAUCAGCAACUCAAUCUCACAGUCCAGUUCAGGAAGGCUCAGGAGCUAGAGAGUGUGCAGGGGGAUUGGGAGCGCCGUCUUGUGGUGACUCACAAGGGGAACUGGCACAGCUGAAUUUAUGGCACACAGCUGUUGAGGGGCUGACAGACUUGUGAGGAGCUCAGGCACCGCCGUUUCUCAAGCUCUUCAUACUAGCUUGAGCUCUGCUUACUGCAGCGUACAGGACCGAGGGCUGCUCUGCCUCGACACACGACUUUUCUAUUGCCUGGGCGCCUGGCUCUGUGUGUUGUGCCCAGCCAGCAGAUGGUGCGGGAGCAGUAUGUCACCACGACCCAGGGCAACAGCGCGCCCAGGCCGCUGCCCGACCAUGUCUACAAGAUCGGCAUCUAUGGCUGGAGGAAGCGCUGCCUCUACCUGUUUGUCCUGCUGCUCCUCAUCAUCCUUGUGGUCAAUUUUGCUCUGACCAUCUGGAUUCUCAGGGUGAUGUGGUUCAACACGGAAGGGAUGGGAAACCUACAAGUUCACUCAGAUGGGGUCAAGUUGGAGGAGGGCGAGUCUGAGUUUCUGUUUCCAGUCUACGCUCAGGAGAUCCACUCCAGAGAAGACUCUCCACUUGUAGCGCACUCAUCUGAAAAUGUGUCCCUUAAUGCCCGCAAUGAAAAUGGUGAUGUCACAGGAAGGAUAUCAGUGGGUCCAAAACAGGCUCAGGGACACAUUCGAAAUCUACUCAUUAGCUCCAACAAUGGCAACAUGCUGUUUACUGCAGAUGGCGACCAGGCUGUGAUUGGACCAGACAAACUACGGGUCACAGGUCCUGAGGGAGCACUGUUCCAGCACUCAGUGGAGACGCCACAGCUGAGGUCGGAGCUCCUCAAAGACCUGAGGUUGGAGUCUCCCACUCGCUCUCUCAGUUUCGACGCACCUAAAGGAGUUCACUUCAAAGCUCUGGCCGGCAACAUUGAAGCCUCUUCAAACAUGGAUGUUAUUCUGCAGUCUAGUGAUGGACUGCUGGUGCUGGAUGCUGAGACGGUGCGCAUGCCGAGCCUACCCCUGAGCGAGGGAGGGGUUUCUGGAAACACUCAGAAUCUCUUUGAGGUCUGCGUCUGUCCCAGCGGCAAGCUUUUCCUGUCCAAGGCUGAGGUCAUUUCCACAUGCAGUGAGAAUCAGGAGUGCUAGAGACACUCUGAUAAGGUAACUGAUUUUCCAUCUUGGAGUAGAUGCAUCUUCUGGGAGGCAACAAGCGGAAACUGUUUAUAUCCGGCCUAAGGUUUUUUAAGGUUUAUACCACAGAGAAUCUAAGAUUGAUCCCACAGGCACAUUGAGGCCUGCAAAAAGACAAAUGCCUGCUGGCAAACAUGUUGGAGAAGUCAUGCAAUGCAUCCUUUUAGCUACAUUUAUGAAGUUUUAACUAUUCAGCUGAAACUAAUUGGCACUCAGAACCAAAGGUAUCUUCAUCAGAGUCUUGUGGAGAAUGUUUUACACACGUAUCAUGGCUGGGCAAUGAGGAGCUGGAAACAGCUUACAUCCUAUGCAAUAUUAUCUUGUGGUGCAAUAAAAAAGAAAGGGGACACAUAUCAAGGGCUUGGAAGGACACAAAUAAAUAGUGACAGGAUGUCGACAUUUUUUAUCAUGAUUAAUGUGUGGCUCCGAGCCCUUGGUAUGAUGUUUUUUCGUUGUGUUUAGCAUGUUUUUUAUUUAAUUGGAGAAAAUGUAAAGAAUGGCUGGUCAUUGUCAUAGUUAUUUCAGCGAUUCAGAGAUGGCUUUAAUUAAUAUAAAAACCUUUUUUUCCAAAUUUAGAUUUAACUCUAAAUUUUGUCUAAUUUGCUUCUUAGGGUUGAGAUUAAAAUACCAAAUUCAUUUAGUGUAGGUAGUGUAGUAAGUCUUAUUAGUGUGAUUUCACAUGUGUCAUUAUGUAUGAUUUUUUUUCCCAGUUUAUGAUUAUUCUCUUUUUUUUAAGCCCUUCAUGAGAAUGUAAUUAUGCAUUAGCUAUAGCCCACCCCACUUUUUCCUAUUAUGUUGAUCUGUGUGUUCCAUAACCUCAUCUGUAACCAGGGACAAAUAAAACAACAAGCAAAAACAAAACGGUUCUAUUGGGUCAAAUAUGCAUUGUUUAAGGUCUACUUAAUAAAAAAGGGCAAUAUUUUGCAAUCAUACUUACACUGAGUUUAGCAUUGAUUUAUUAGUCUGUUUUUAUCAUAUGAACAUGGCGUUGUGUUCCCAGUCAGUGGUGAUGAGUGGUUAAUCUGCACCUCUAUUAUGGCAUAUUUUGAUAAAGUCUGUCAUGUGUAUUUAUUAAUUGUGAAUAAACUGUGAUAUUCUUCUA